AGUGCGGGGGUGGAGGGCGGAGGAGCUGGGAAGCACGCUUGCGCGGCUGUCAUAGGGUUGCUUGGUUGGUCAGUGGGGAGUCGGCGCCUGCGUACUAAGACCCGUGUGCAGCAGCGGCGGCGGCGGUAGAGGCGGCGGCGGCGGCGGCAGCGGGCUCUGAGGCAGCGGUUGGGCUCGCGGCGAGCGGACGGAGUCGAGUCAGUGCGUUCGCGCGAGUUGGAAUCCAAGCCUCUUAAAAUGGCAGAUGAUUUGGACUUCGAGACAGGAGAUGCAGGGGCCUCAGCUACCUUCCCAAUGCAGUGCUCAGCAUUACGUAAGAAUGGCUUUGUGGUGCUCAAAGGCCGGCCAUGUAAGAUCGUCGAGAUGUCUACUUCGAAGACUGGCAAGCAUGGCCAUGCCAAGGUCCAUCUGGUUGGUAUUGACAUCUUUACUGGGAAGAAGUAUGAAGAUAUCUGCCCAUCAACUCAUAAUAUGGAUGUACCAAACAUCAAAAGGAAUGACUUCCAGCUGAUUGGCAUCCAGGAUGGGUACCUGUCACUGCUUCAGGACAGUGGGGAAGUGCGAGAGGACCUUCGUCUGCCUGAGGGAGACCUCGGCAAAGAGAUUGAGCAGAAGUAUGAUUGUGGAGAAGAGAUCCUGAUCACGGUGCUGUCUGCCAUGACAGAGGAGGCAGCUGUUGCAAUCAAGGCCAUGGCAAAAUAACUGACUCCCAGGGUGGUGGUGGCGGUGGUGGCAGCGGCGGCAGUGGCAGCAGUGAUCCUCAAGCCUGCAGAGGCCCCUCCCCCAGCCUGGCCUCACUCUAGCUGGGCCCUUGGCUGGACUACUCCCACGCAAUUUAUUUGACGUUUUAUUUUGGUUUCCCCUACCCCUUCAAUCUAUUGGGGAGCCCCUGCCCUUCACCUAGCUCCCGUGGCCAGGAGUGAGGGAGCCAUGGCCUUGGUGAACUGCCCUCCUCUUCUCCCCUCACACUACAACUCUAGUGGGGGAGAGGGGCUGGGUGAUGCUUGUGGUUUAGGUUUGUUUUUUUUUCAAAAAAAAUUUGGAAUCAGAAUACUGUGGAUUCUUGUAAAUAGUCCUUGUGCCCCUUCUCCCUACUUGUCAAUGGUCUGGUCCCAUUCCCCAUAGCUCUUUACCCCAAUACCACCCCCACAGACUGGGGACCAGUUCUCUCCCUUGCCUAUAUCUCUCCCUAAACCCCUUUAGAUGGGGAGGGAAGAGAAGAGGGGAAGGGGGAUGUGCCCUCUCCUCAGGCAUCUGGGAGGGCCUUGCCCCCAUGGGCUUCACCCUUUCCUGUGGGCUCUCUCCCCAACACAUUUGUUAAAAUCAAACCUGAAUAAAACUACAAGUUUAAUAUGAAGCCC